ACCGGAGGGUCCGGGGACACCGGGGGGCAGCGGGGGGGUACCGGGGGAUACCGGGGGCACCGGCGCCCUCACAGCCCGUUGUGCCCCCAGGAUGGCGGCGUUGGCGCUGCUGGCGCUGCUGGCUCAGGCUCCGGUGGCGGCAGGGGGGAUGCUCGGCUUUGCCUCCUACUAUGGUGACCACAUGGUGCUGCAGAGGGAGCCUGCGGGGGCCGUGCUGUGGGGCCGUGGGGAGCCGGGGGCCGAGGUGACCGUGACUCUCUCGGGGGCUGAGGGCCUCGUCAUCAUGAAGAAAACAGCACAGGUUAAAGGACCUUCUGGGACAUGGACAGCUGUCCUGGACCCGAUGGAUCAGGGUGGUCCCUAUGCACUGACGGCCAAGCAGGGCUCAGAGAACGUGACACUGCAGGACAUCUACUUUGGGGACGUGUGGCUUUGCAGUGGGCAGAGCAACAUGGCAAUGACAGUCCUGCAGGUGGCCAACGCCAGCCAGGAACUCGCCGCCGCCGCUCGCUAUCCCUACAUCCGCAUCUUUGCCGCGGCGCCUGCCCGCUCCGACGUGGAGCUGGAGGACCUGGAGCGGAUUGCCUUGCCGUGGUCCAUCCCCACAGCUGAAAACCUGGGCCACGGGAAUUUCACCUACUUCUCGGCCGUGUGCUGGCUGUUGGGGCGCUCCCUGUACGAGGCUCUGGGGUCCCCUGUCGGGCUGGUGGAGGCGGCCUGGGGGGGAACACCCAUCGAGGCCUGGUCCUCCCGCCAGGCUCUGCAGGCGUGUGGGCUCCCGGAGGACAUGGGGAGCACCUCCCCACACUGGCAUCUCUCCGGCCCACAAACGCCAUCCGUGCUCUGGAACGCCAUGAUCCACCCGCUGCUCAACAUGACCCUGCGGGGCAUCGCCUGGUACCAGGGUGAGGCCAACGCCUUCCUGCACACGGACCGGUACAACUGCACCUUCCCCGCGCUCAUCGCCGACUGGCGCCGCGCUUUCCACGCUGGAUCAGCCGGACAGACGGAGCCACUCCUCCCCUUCGGCUUCGUGCAGCUGUCCACCUACCGCCGUGAGAGCCCCGAUGACAGCUUUGCCCGGCUCCGCUGGCACCAAACAGCCGACCUGGGGGUUGUUCCCAAUGCCAGGAUGCCCGGCACCUUCAUGGCCGUAGCCAUGGAUCUGGGCGACGAGCACUCUCCCUACGGCAGCAUCCACCCUCGGGACAAGCAGAACGUGGCACACCGGCUGCUGCUGGGUGCCAGGGCUGUGGCAUACGGGGACAAAGACCUGGUUUUCCAGGGGCCAUAUCCCACUCGGGCCGUCCUGGAGGUGACCAGGGGGCUGCUGAACGUCACCUACAGCCAGGAGCUCAUCUGCCGUCAGAGGGACACACGGUCAUUCGAGGUGUGCUGCUCCAGCCAGGCGUCCCCGUGCCGGUGGCUGCCGGCACCGGUGGUGGCCGUGGGGUCCCGCACGGUGACACUGGCCCUGGGUGGCUGUGGGAUGCUGGUGCUGGGCCUGCGCUACGCCUGGGCCGAGUGGCCCUGUGAGUACCAGUCCUGCCCCCUCUACAACCCCCAGGGGCUGCCUGCACCCCCCUUCCUGCUGGACACCCUCCCCACAGGCAGCACCGACAGAGAGAGGGAGCUGCUUCUCCUCCCUGGCUCUGGGUUCUCCUGAGGGAUUUAGGGGAGAGGAGGGAGCUCAGGCUUCUGGGUCCCCUUCCGAUCCUGGGAGGCAAUGGGCUCGAUUACUGUCCUACUAAUUAAACAACUUUCCAGCUCCUCUUUGGCUUCAAGCCAAGGCUGCGGGGGGG